GAUUCUCUUCUUUGACAAAACGUUAAUAUGGUAUCAGACCUUUACCAUCUACUGUUGUUUGCUGCCGUUGAAGACGCUGACAAUCGCUGCCCUCUGUCCACCAAGUCGCUGAUGCCCUAUAUUCCAUCUGCAGCUUGGGACAGCGCCAUGGUUCUUCGUUCAUGACAUAGCCAGACGAUCAUUGAGUAGACCGCCAGAUUUCCCUCCAGGUGCUCUCGUUUCUUACAUCUCUGUUUGUUGUUCCCAAAUAGUGAAAUUGUGACAUUGAUGAUUCACAGAUAAGUGAAGGCUGGCCGGUAUCCUGUUGAUGUAGCCCCAAAUGACUAGCUCUCUCUCUAGUUGUGUAAACUCAUGCAGCGACAACACUGGCUCCUCCAAUAGUAGUGUUUUGAAGCCACCUUUGAUAUGGCCAAAAGUAGUGUUUAAGGCUGCAAUCCACUUCUAGCGAUCACCAUUGAUUUAUUCCACUAGUAGCUUUCUAUUUUGACCCUCGUUUGUAGCUGCUGUGCUUGCAUCUAUCCUUUGACGUCUGGCUUGUUCAUUUCUCACAGAGGAUUCUUCCUACAUCUUGACUAAUUCAACAUUGUGCCGUCUUUGAACCUCAUGAUGUUAAAGACCUGCUUAGCAUAGGGAGAGCUGUUGAUGUCUCGCAAUGCUUUGGCACGUCUCUCCAGUGAUUCAGGAUCGAAGCCAUAGGAAGUUCCCACUUCCACUGCUGGCCUGCUCUCUACUACUAAUUUGCUUGGUGGCAGUGGCACCAUCGUCCGCACGAGGUUGAGAAGCGUCAUCAGAAGGCAAAAGAGGUGAAGGGAGGAAAACAAAAUAAGUUGUCUGCAUACGCAAUGUGAUCUACCCAAGAGCAAGAGCAGUACAGAUGCUCGCAGCCCAUGCCUUGGACAUGGCUGCUGCCACCCAGAUUUCCUUCCUCAAGCCAACGACGGUGUGGGGUUGAGAUUCUUGAAUUUUUGGAUAAAUUUUUGAAGCUGAUCCAAGGCAACUUGUUUGAGCCUAGCUAAGGUUAACUCAAGGAAGAUGGCAGAAAGGGGAGAGGUCGUUCUAAAAGAACGCAAUGAUGACAUUAGCAAAAGAAGCCCGUAUUAUGUCCAUCAUUUCGAUGGACCAGGUACCCUUUAGUCUCUAAUGUCUUGACAGAAGAUAACUAUAUGAUGUGGAGAAAGGCCAUGAUGAUGGCCUCCGCCAAAAACUAGUUGGGGUUCGUCGACGGAUCCAUUGCCAAGCCUGACAGCCCCAUCUUCCUCAAAAUUACAUGGGAAAGAUGCAACAACCUGGUUCAGUCUUGGAUUUUAAACUCCAUCCACAAAGAUCUCUUGGCUAGUGUAAUUCAUGCCAAAACUGCUGCCCAAAUUUGGAGCGAUCUUGAGGCUCGAUUUUCUCAACCCAAUGGCCCACGCAUUUACCAAAUACAAUUUCAGAUAAUGAACUGCAAACAAAAUCAGUACUCUAUUGCUGUUCAUUACACAAGAAUGAAGGGAUUAUGGGAUGAAUUAGCUCUAUAUGCUAACAUCCCUGAUUGUUCGUGUGGUUCCAUGAAGGCUAUUGAGAAUCUUCACUAACAAGACCAACUUAUGCAGUUCUUGAUGGGCCUUAAUGAUAGUUAUGCUGCCAUUAGAAGCCAACUCUUGUUGAUGGACCUGCUUCCUACUAUAGCCAAAGCUUAUUCUCUUCUUAUUCAAGAGGAGAAACAAAGGGACGUUAAUAUGGUACAUGCUCAAGAAAAGGUCUCUAUCCUUGCAACGCAGCCUCCACCACAGGUGCAUGAAAGAAACAAAAACAAUCACACCAAGGAGAGAGGAAGACCACGUAUGAAGUGCAAGCAUUGUGGCAAAAUUGGACACAUCAAAGCUAAGUGUUAUUUUCUUGUUGGUUUUCCUAACAGGUCUGGUUCUUCUAAUGCAUUGACAAAGCCAAAGGCUAAUGCUGCCCUAAGAACUACAUCCACUGAUCAACCCAAUGAGCAACCAUUCACAAAAUUCCUUGACUUCAUGGAAAACUCUAAUCAAGGUACCAAUGAACCCAGAGUUAACCUCUUAGGACCGUCACUCGACGACUAUGAUUGGAAUGGGUAGAUUGCAGAAUGCAUUGUAUAUCCUAGAUGAGACAAAUCUCAGCGUAAACCUAGCUGCCACCAAAUCUG